UAACAGUAUAAAUUGCUCUUCUUGUUCAAGAGCUUCCCAUCAGCCUCUCUAAUCACUACUCACAGUAACCUCAAGACCUGCCACGAUGCACAAGAUGUACUUCUUGUCUUGCAUUGCACUAACUCUUGCACUGGUGGCAGACGGUGCACCUACUUCAAGCUCUAGGAAGGAAACACAGCAACAGCUGGAGCAUUUGCUGAAGGACUUACAGCGGCUUUUGGAGACAGUUAAUAAUUACAAGAAUCACGAACUCUCCAGCAUGCUCACCUUUAAAUUUUACAUGCCCAAUGCCACAGAACUGAAUCAUCUGCAGUGCCUCGUGGACGAACUCAAACCUUUGGAGGAAGUGCUAACUAUAGCUCAAAGCAAAAACUCUCACUCAGACAUCAAGGAGUCAGUGAGCAAUAUCAACGUAACAGCUCAGAAACUAAAGGGACCUGAAACAAAAUACACAUGUGUCUAUAAUGAUGAGAGCGCGAACGUUAAAGAAUUUCUGAACAAAUGGAUUACCUUUUGUCAAAGCAUCCUCUCGACACUGGCUUAAGUCCCUCCCAUUUAAAAUGUAUCAGGCUAUUUAUUUAAAUAUUUAAAAAUUAUAUUUAUUUUUUGAUGUAUGGUUUGCUAUCUUUUGUAACUAUUAUUCUUAGUCUUCGGAUGAUGACUAUGGAUCUUUUAAGGUUCUUUUUGUAAGCCCUAGGGGCUCUAAAAAUAUAUGUAAAUUAUUUAUCCCAAAGUAUUUAUUUUUAUAUUGAAUUGUUAAAUAUAAUAUACAUGUAGAUCGGUUAAUAAAAUUAUUUAAUAAAGUUGAUGAAUAAC